UCAUAUUUAAACACCAUCGAUUGGAUGCUAAAGUGGACAGCACCCUAUACAGAUAAACAAACAAAAACACUAUGGAUCAUUUGGCGCCAUGUCAUGGAAGCUCUGAAUCUCUUCUUUUUUUUUACUCUUGUUGAGAUCACAGUUUUCCCCAGCCGCGCGUCAAACGUCAGCGGAUGACAAACGCGCAGUUUUUUCUCCACAAAAGACAGCCAUAGGCGGAUGUUGUGACACUUGUAGCUGAAUCUGGAUGCUCAAAUUAUAAAAAAAACAAAAACAGAGAAGGCUGGGAUGUCUCGUAUCCAUUCUGCGUCCACCCUGCAGGAGAGGAGCUCCAGUGCUGUGUGAUCUCGAGUGGAGAAGCGUAAAGGUAGCCCAAAGCCAUUUAUGGACGCAUUAAUUUCUAAGCCGCUCUCGGUGCCUGCUUGCAGACAGGAAGGAGCAUGGAUAGAGAGGAAUUUGCUCUGACUAGAGCGUUGAGGGGAUUUGUAGAGCUGGGGGUGUGCGCCUGUGAAAACUAAACUGAGGACAGCUGGCUAACGCGCCGUCACUGACAGAUCGCCAUUUAUCUCCAAGCCUGUUUUCUUUAUCUUUUGUGUAUUUUUGCCAACGAAACGGGUCUUUUUUUUAAUCAGUCAUGGGGAAAGAGGAGUGCAAAACAAUGUUGGACGCUUUGAACAAAGUGACAGCCUGCUACAGGCAUUUGGUGAUCGCAUUGGGAAGCACUUCGGACUCGCAGAACCUGCGCGAGGAGCUGAAGCGGACCCGUAAAAAGGCCCAGGAGCUUGCGGUAGCCAACAGGACUAAACUGACCUCUCUGCUCAAAGACAAAAGUACUAGUAAAGAAGACCGGGCCGAGUAUGAGCGCUUAUGGGUUCUGUUCUCGAGCAGCAUGGAGCUGCUGGAGGUGGACAUGAAACGGUCCCUGGAGAUAGGGCAGGAUUUUCCCCUUAAGGUGCCCACCAGACACCUCAUCCAGACCGGAAUGACUGGCAGCACUACCUCCGUGGCGGCCCGUGCCAUGAGCGUGCAGAACAUGAAGUACGAGGCGGACAGCAACAUCGACACGGCCGACCUGCGGGAACUGCAGUCCGAGAUCACCCAGGUGAGCCAGAUGAUGGAGGAGAUGGAGAUGAAGGUGCAGGUGGCGCCGUGGGCCGUGGAGGCGAAGCAGGAGGCGGGCGCGGAGCUCAAGUCUAACAUGAGUGUAGGAAAUUCCUCCGUGGGUGUUAUCUCAAUCUGCGAAGAGGAGCCAAAAGAUGAGGAAGCAGGUGGAGGCAGGGAUGCUGGCUUUGCGUCGAUCUGCGCCGUGUUCGUGUUCUUUGUCAUCGUGGGUGUCGCUGUGGUUUUGGGAUAUCUGGUCAUCAAUAUGUCCUGAACUGUCUGAACCUGCAGCCCACACAGAUGGACACGCUGCGCGGCUGUCUGGAACCAGGAGAGCAGGCAGCUCAACAAAGAGGGAGACAGAGGUUAAAACAAUUUACGCACGAAGGUCUAAUCUUUCUUGGAUUUGUGAAUGUAUUCGGUGGAAGUUGAAGAGUUGCACUAGAUAAGAUGUAGACGAAUAUAGCAUGAGUGGACGCUCGUGGGCACAAAUUGAAGUAUUUUGAGAUGCCAAUGGGUUGUGUUAAUUUUUUGGUAAAGGGGGGUAAAUAAGUCAUGAAAUUACGUGACAGUGUCUGGCCAUCAGGAUGAUAUAAACAACACGUAAUCCAAGUGGAUUAGUGGAAAAGCUCAAGCGUAAAUGUAGCCUACUGUUAAGUAUUCCCCCCUUGAUGUUCUGCUGAUUGUUGCUUUCAAUUUAUGAAUCCAAUCCAGCAAAGUCAGCUGUGGUGGGACCAUGUAGACAGAGCAGUAUAGAGCUCAUAUAGUAUGGACACUAAUAGAAGCAGUGUUAAAGCUAAGCUCCUCACAUCACACAGGUUGGAUGUGAUCAAAUCUGCACUGUUCCACACUCCUUUUAGCACAGUUUAAUACUAAUCUGUACAGCCAGGUUGUAGUAAGCCUGCAUCUUGACUAUUUUACAUUAAAUCACGAUGUGCUUCAUGAAAGCCUUUUGGGACCCGAGAGACACCCACUGUCUUUGAAUAAUGCACCCGUUCACUGUAAGCCUGUUCAUGCUCCUUUAACUUCAGGGUUUCUUCUUGCAAACAGUGUUGAAUGUAAACAUCACAACAUGUGAAUAUAGAGGGUUAUUUGUACAUACAGACUGUUGUGUCAGAUAGUGUAUAUACAUAAUUCUAUUUAAUAUAAUAAAACUUUCAAAAACACUUGGAGAUGCGCUUGAAGUUUCAAGGAAGUAAAAACAAAGUUAUAUUUUGCACAGGAGUGAUAUUUGUAUUAUGAGUGACAUGUUUGA